GCCGUCACCGCCGUCACCGCCGCCGCCGCCGCCGCCGUCGUUGCCCGAUCCGCGUCGCCGCAAGCUCGCACGCGCCACCGCUGCCGCUGAUCCCCACGCGUCGUCUCCGGCGGGCGACAAUGCGGGGCCCGCACCAUGCCCCCUCCUGCACCCGGGCCCACCAGGCGGCCGGCCUCCUCCUCGUCGCCGCCACCUUCUUCCUCACCCGCCUUCUCGACCGGGGCCCCCUCUCCCUCUCCCUCUCCGCCCCGCCGCCGCGCUGCGCCGGCGCCGCCGCCCUGUACAGCCCCUGGCCGCAACCGCAACGGCAGCGCGACCUCCGCAUCUACGUCUACGCGGAGGACGAGGUCGACGGCCUCCGCGCGCUGCUCCGUGGCCGCGAUGACGACGUCCCCGCCGCCACCUGCCUCAAGGGCCAGUGGGGAACCCAGGUGAAGAUCCACCAGCUCCUCCUCCGCUCGAGGUUCCGAACGCUGGACAAGGACGAAGCUGAUCUCUUCUUCGUCCCCGCCUACGUCAAAUGCGUUCGGAUGGUCGGAGCUCUCAACGACAAGGAGAUCAACCAGACAUACGUCAAGGUUAUCGGCCAGAUGCCUUAUUUCCGCAGAUCCGGAGGACGCGACCACAUUUUUGUAUUCCCAAGUGGUGCUGGAGCUCACCUGUUUCGCUCAUGGGCAACCUUCCUGAAUAGGUCUAUCAUCCUUACUCCUGAGGGUGACCGCACUGAUAAACGAGGUACAAGUGCUUUUAAUACAUGGAAAGAUAUUAUCAUACCUGGGAAUGUGGAUGAUUCCAUGGUGAAGCCCGAUAGGCUUGCUGUCAAACCAAUCCCACUAACAAAAAGGAAGUAUUUAGCAAACUUCCUUGGACGUGCUCAGGGAAAAGUAGGCCGUCUUCAACUGGUGAAGCUUGCAAAGCAGUAUCCUGACAAGCUGGAGUCUCCAGAACUGAAAUUCUCUGGGCCAGACAAAUUAGGAAGGAUAGAUUACUUCAAGCACUUGAGGAACGCAAAAUUUUGCCUAGCUCCUCGUGGCGAGUCUUCGUGGACACUUCGCUUCUAUGAAUCCUUCUUUGUGGAAUGCGUGCCAGUAAUUUUAUCAGAUGAAGUUGAACUCCCUUUCCAGAAUGUGAUUGACUACACUGAAGUAUCCAUAAAAUGGCCUGCGUCGAAGAUUGGCCUGGGGCUCCUUGAGUAUCUUGAGUCAAUACCGGAUGAAAGAGUGGAGGAAAUGAUUGCUCGUGGGCGGGAGAUGAGAUGCCUAUGGGUGUAUGCGCCAGAUACAGAGCGGUGCUCAGCUAUGAGCGCUAUCAUGUGGGAACUACAAAGGAAGGUGAGGGGAUUCCAUCAAUCUGCAGAAACCUUCUGGCUUCACAACAGGUCAAUCGUGAACAGAGAUCUGGUUGAGUUCCAUGAGUGGAGGACGCCUGUCCCACUGCCAUGACCACCUUACAUACUGUAUGUCAAUCUAUCUACAAUCAAUCCUUAGCUAUCCUCUUCCCUUUCCCCUGGAUUGUAAUUUUUAGGUAGAGGAUAUUGAAUUGAACAUUUACAGGAGCAUGCACUGUAACCUUUUUUUUUUUGAAAAUCGUGACAGUAACUUUUAAGUAGCAAGCUGUAAUGGUAUCUUUAGUGUAUGACACAGCCUCCCAUCAAAAUUUCUACCAAAAUUUUAAUUUCAUAACUUAGU